AUGGACAAGCGUUUGAGUUUCGGCCAACAUAUUAACAUCUCGUCACUCCAAGCCACCGAAUGCAUGGGAAACCUUUCGAGGAUGAUGCCCAAUAUCGGUGGCCCCAGGGAAAAGAAACGUAGACUAGUGGCGACUGUGGUUCAAUCAAAGCAGCGUUACGCUGUCCCUGUUUGGGCUUUGGCCCUAAAGUUCCACAGCAUCUCUGACAGGCUCCUCGCACUCCAGAGAGACCCGACACGGAGAAUUGUGUUAGCCUACAGAACGGUGUCUACUUGCGCUGUUCUGGUACUCGCUGGAUUACCGCCAAUAAAUCUAUUGGCGAUUGAAAGAAAGGAGAUCUUCCAUCUUAACAACGAUAUUGAGUGUACUUCAUAG